AUGGUUCAGAAGCUCAAGAUUGCCGCUGCCGGCCUUGGUCGUAUGGGCGCUCGCCACGCCAUCAACUUCCUGCACCGCACUCCUCGCGCAGAGCUCGUAGCAGCUUUCACUCCUGACCCGAAAGAGCUCGCCUGGGCUAGAACCAACCUGGAGCCCCACGGAGUCACACUCUACACCGACUACGACGAGAUGAUCAAGCAAGAAGGCCUGCAAGCUGUAGUCAUUGGAACUGCCACAUCAGUUCACGCCGAGGAGGCCAUCAAGGCCAUGCACCAGGGCCUACACGUCCUCUGCGAGAAGCCUCUCUCCACCAGUAUCCCUGUCUGUAAGCAAGUCCUGGACGAAGCACUCAAGCACCCUCACCUGAAGGUCAUGUGUGGUUUCUCCCGUCGUUUCGACGAGUCUUACCGUGAUGCAUGGGAAAAGAUGGACAGAGGCUUGAUCGGUAGACCCACAAUCAUUCGCAGUCAAACAUGCGACAAGCACGACCCCAGUGGCUUCUUCGUUGAGUACGCUGCCUGGUCUGGAGGUGUGUUUGUGGAUAUGUCUGUCCACGACAUCGAUCUCGCUCUUUGGUUCUUCGGCGACGACAUCCAAGUCAAGAGUGUCUCAGCAUACGGUGUACGAGCUGUUCAACCUGAGCUGGCCAAGUACAACGACUACGACAACGCCAUGGGUAUCGUCGAGUUCUGGAAUGGUAGAGUGGCCAACUUCUACUGCUCGAGAAUGAUGGCUCAUGGUCAAGAAGACGUGACUGAGAUUAUCGGCACGGAGGGAAAGCUGACUGUCAACGGCCUUGCUCAGAAGAAUCACGUGCAAUACUAUGGCGCACAAGGUGUCACCAGAGAGAUUCCUGCUCAUUACUAUGGCAGAUUCGAACAGGCCUUCGUAGGGGAAGCCAACGAGUUUGCAGCUGCUUGUCUCGACAACACUGCGCUCCCCCUGAAGCUCCGUAACGCAGUCAAGGCAGUCGAGAUUGGUGCUCUUCUACAAGAGGCUCUGGUAAAGGGUAUUCAGAUCCGUCUGAACGAGGCUGGACAACGCAUCUCCGAUGCCCCAGCAGCCAAGCUCUAA